UGGACUAGGGGACACCACCCUCCUGCUCAGCAGGGGGCCAAGAGGCUGGGUGGCUGUUGGGACAACAAAUAGCCCCUGGGCAAAGGGGAUGAGGGAGCCAAAGCCUGGGCCAGCUAGAGGGUGCCUCUGGGAGUAGGGCUGGGCAUCCUGGGUCAGCUGAGGAGAAAAGUUGGCUCUGGAGGCAGGAAAGGGACCAGAGAGGCUGGGCUCAUCCAAGGGCACACAAUAAACCUGGACCCCACUCUGGUUUCCCCUCAGUGUCAGCUGACAAGGAAGCUGGGGCCUGGGCCAGGCUCCCCUCUCUCCACCUGACAGCCAACAAAUCCCCAGAUAAGGAGGAAACCCUUUUAUGUCCCACCCACUCGUCCCUCUCUGGGGUCCCGAGAGGCUGAGCGGCCUGUGGAGGCUCCUUGGACACAUGGUCCACAGCCCUGAGAGCACUGACUGCACCCCAGCGACACCCAGUUCUCCCAGAUGCCGGGUCCACUGCUCUGACCCACUUGGAGACGCAUCAGCUCACACUGGCCCUGGCACUGGCACUGCCCCAGGACUCCUCACAGAGGAAAGGAUCAGUCCCCUAACUCUGCACUCAGGGACCUGCCACAGCCCUGAGGAUUUCCUCGGUUUUCUGCUGAAAAGACCUGCAGGGACAGAAGCAGUGGAGGCUGAGUUGGCAGGGCAGCUAAGGAGCUUGCACCAUGCCAAGUUUCCCAGCCGGCCUGGCCCCCGGGAGGCCCUGCUGGUGCUGGGACAGUGGGCCCUUGAGAAGGGCCAUGGGAGCUGCAGCGUUCCCACCAAAGACAAAGAGCCCAGUGUGGGCUCCGGCCUCGGCCUCCAGGCUCUGACCAGCUGCAGCUGCCUCCUUGCAGCAGAAUGCAAACACACCUACUCAACCUGCAGGAUCAUCACCCCCAGCUCUUCAGGAUGGCAUCUGGAGGAACUGAGUGGUGCAGCCUUUGACAUGUGUCAUUGGCUUUCCUGAAAUGCAGCCUCGGACAAAACCAGGCUGUCCCAAAUGCAUGGUAAUAGAGAUGCUUGCUUUUAUUACAAGGGAGUGGGGCAGGCACCCAAGUCUGCACAUGGUGUGUGCCCAGGCCAACUCCAAGGGGUUUGGGCUGUGAGACCUAAAGAUCUUAGGAGACUAUCUAAAACAGAGAGAGAGAGUUGGGCAAAGCCCAGCGCUGUUGCACUCAUGUUAAAUGUGUCCACAAAUGGAUGGAGCAUGCUUUCCCUGAAAGUGUCAAAGAAAAAGAAAAGAGUCAGAGAGCUAAGUGUUUUUUUUUUAAUGAAGCUUUUUUGUUUUUUGAGUCACAAAAGACCAAAAGUGAGAAGGAGGUGGUGGCAGAAAAUUAUUUACACCCUGCUCUACAGCAUGCACGUCUGAAAGUGAAUGGCCAAGGACAAGGGACAGGGAGGUACCUGCCUCUAUCCUCACCCCUACGGCCUCUCCCAGGGUUCCCAUCCCUGUGCUCUCACUUGUCAGUUGUGGUCCUUAACCUUUUUGUGCCUCAGUUUCUUCACCUGCAAAGUAGGGUUGGUGACGCAAAUGUCAGCACCUACUUCGAAGGGUUUUGCCAAGGGUUAAACAAAUUGUGGGGGAUUUUUGUUGUUUUUUGGUUUUUUUG